ACUUUCGUGCAAAAUGAAGGGGAGGAGGGGAAGAUUUGAAAAUGAUAAAGUUUGCCCUGUGCACUGUCUUGACUCAAAGGAUUUGCCUUUUAAUGAGUUUACAAAAGAUAUUUCAGACCUUAAAUUGAAAUUAGCGUUAUGGGAGUUUGGGCACUGUGAUCCAAAGAAGUGUAGCGGCAGGAAACUUUUGCGUUUGAAGAUUGCGUUCAAGUUAAGACCUAAUCAAAAGUUCCGAGGACUCGUUCUUAGCCCCGUUGGGAGAUUAUUUGUAUCACCCAGCGAUCGUUUGAUUGUAAUUAGAAACGGGAUUGCCGCCGUUGACUGCUCUUGGGCCAAGCUUGAAAAGGUUCCUUUCAAUAAAAUAAGGAACCACAAUGAAAGACUUUUACCCUACUUGGUUGCCUGUAACCCUAUUAAUUACGGGAGACCUUGGAAACUUAACUGUGUGGAGGCUUUUGCUGCUUGUCUUUAUAUAUGUGGAGAAAUGGAAGAAGCGGAGAAAAUAUUAGACAAGUUCAAGUGGGGCCAUUCUUUCCUAGAGUUGAAUGGCGAACUGUUAGAGGCUUACUCCAACUGCGUGACUAGCAAUGAUGUUCGCGAGGUUCAGGCAAAGUUUAUAGCUAACGUGGAGAAAUUGGAAAAAGGAAAAAUCAUAAAUACUGAAGAGGAUAUUGAGGCCUGUUACUUUAACUUUCCUAGUCUUGUGAAUCCUAAUCGCCCCACUGUACAAAGCGAAGAAGCGUUAGACUGUUCCUAUUCGUCGGGAGAGGAGAAGUAAGAAGGAGUAUAUAUAGGAAGCUUAUCCAGUUGUAGAUCGCGAGAGGGGCAUUUAAGCGAGACUGUUUUAGAAGAUUUCAAUUGCUCGCCGACCUGAUUAUCUCUAGGGACCAGUUUUUUAAGCACCUCCUUCGUUGUCCUGGUCCCCCCGCAUUCUGUGUCUGGCCCCGAUAUAUUGUUUAGCAAAGCUACUGAGCACGAGACCGAAAUGUUCGGGUAUUUAUGCUACUUAACUUAUUUUUUUGGCUACCGGUAUAAGAUUAAUAAAAGU